AUGCACAGUUUCAAAAGCACGGUAACUUCUUGCUUCUUUCGUGCAACAUGCUUCAUUUCUGAGUGUAACGCAUUACGUAGUGGUUAUAUCGGCUCUAAGUGUCCCCGACGAACUACCGCCGAUCAACUACGGGUCGUUGGCAUCACAGUUCCUCAGCCCAAGGUUCGCGAUCAGAUAUAUCUCCGCCUGCGCAAGGAUCCUGAGGCUCUACUCCGUCGCUCUAUGCCUGUAGAGGAGCAUGCAUCGCCUCUGCCUGAAGCAUUAACGCACGAGAAACCUUUGACUGGCGAACAGGACAACUUGACCCUCAGGCAGGAUCUUGCUGAGGAGGGAAAGGAGCCUCGAGUUGCAGAGGCAGAGAUCAACCUUGAAGCCGUGAACUCCGUCGAGUCGAAGUCUGGCUCCGAUGAAAACAGGACGUCCAAUGCGGAUCAACUUGCGAAGGUCGAAUCUGGCUCAAAUGCAGCUGCCAUGUUCGAUAUAGGUUUGGCAAAGGAGAUAGACGAAGACACGAUGCUGAUACUCGCACCGGGAGCCUUCGAUGAAGACAUCAUGAUGAAUGAUGUUAUGCAGGCUGAUGUCGUGCAGGACGAGAUUGUGCAGGAUGAGAUCAUGCAGGAUGCUACUGCCAUGCAGAACAAGAUUGUGCAGGACGAGGUUAUGCAGGAUAUUGCUGCCACGCAGGACGAUGCCGCGCAAAGCCAUAUCCAGCAAUACACUAUUGUGCCAAACCUCGUGCUGGAAGAACUCAAGGGAUGA